CCUUUUCAGCAUGCAAUGCCUGUAGCAGGUGACUCCGCUGAUCCGAGUAAUAUUGUGGUUGCAGGCAGCGGGUUCCUGCUGGCGGGGUCGCUGGCGCUGCAGCUGGCGAGCGGCGCGGGGGCGGCGGGCGCGGGCUGGUGGGGCGCGCGGCGCGGGCCCGCCCUGUCCGCGGCGCUGCACGCCCGCCUCGCCCGCGCGAUCACGCUGCAGUACGGACGGGAGUCGCACGCCACCGCGCUCAUAGACACGCUGCAGACUGAGUUACAAUGUUGCGGCACAGAGAGCGCGCGCGACUGGCAGGGUUCAUUCUGGUCACAACAGCAGGCGGCGCUGGCGGCGCCCCCCGCCCCCGGCGCCCCCGGCCCCGCCCCCGCCCCCGCCCCCGAGGCGCGCAGCGACACGCUGGACCUCAGCGUCAGCGCCCCCGCGCCCUACUACUACGUGCCGGCGAGCUGCUGUGUGGCGGGUCUGGACGACACGGAGUGCGUGUCGGCGCGGCGCGUGGCGCUCGCCUCGGGCGGCGGCGCGCGGCUGCACGCGGCGGGCUGCGCGCGGCGCGCGGAGGCGGCGCUGCGCGGGCUGCUGGGCGCCCCGCGUGCAGCCGCCGCCGCGCUGCUGGCCGCGCAGCUGCUGGCCGCGCUGCUGGCCGCCGCCGCCUGCCUCGCGCACCCGCCGCCACGAUACAAGGCAUAA